AAGUCGCUGAUGUGAAAUCCACAGCAAGCAAAUACCUACCGAGGAGCAGAGACGAAAAGGAAUAUCUUUAAUUGCUUUUUACACCCUUUGACACAGACCACUUCGGAUCAUUUGUUUGAAAGCCAUCAAACAGGAGGUUGAAAGGCAGCAAUCAUCUGCAUAAUUUGGUCUUACAUUCUCUCCCCUUUUACCUUUUUCCCGGGAAGAGGCGGACUUCCAGGUGCACCACUAUGUUGAACAAUAUGGAUUUGAACGCGAAAGAUUCUUUUUACCCCCAGUUUGAGAAUUGCAACAGUUCUUCCCUGGGAAUGGAAAACGGCGCGCGGAAGGACAACCAGGAGGUGUACGUCGAGGCGGAGCGGGGGGCACCUGCCCAGUUCGGCCACGAAGGAGCACCCGCAACCCUCAAAACCGAAGCGUCGAACUCGGAAUUUGCUUUUAACCCCUGCGAGUGCCCAAAAGACACAUACACCCCCUCCUCGCUCUCCUACUCCGGCAGCUUCUACGUGGAAGCAUCUCAGGGAGCGCCGUGCAGCACGGAAACACUCCUCAACAUGAUCACCGAGAUCGUCGGCAUCUCCACGCUGCCGCUGUCAGAGGUGCAGCAGAGCGGCAGCGGCCGCGGAACCUUCCCAUCGCCGGCGCCGAUGCACAGCGGCACUUUCGGGGACCCCAAGAGGCAAUCCUACACCCCCGGACCCACUCCUCCUGUAUAUUCCCCGAACCAGACGUGCCAGAGGUAUGCCGAUGAGCAGGCCGGCAGCCAAGCCCAGGACCCGUCCACUUCCCAGCUCAGCUUCGGGUCCCCCAGACCUCCGAGCCAGAAGAAGGCCGAACCCAAGUCCGAGGCCGCCUCGUUCCCCGUGGUGGUCAAGAACGAGUUCGAAAGCAGCUGCUACGAGUGGGGAACGUUUAACAAGUCCGAUUGUUUGGAGACGAGUUUCCACACGGAAACCUUCCCGAUGUCCAGUGACUUCCCCCCCGACCAGCAAAUGGACGUGAAGGAACUUUUAGACACGUUCCCCCCAAUCUGCCCCAACGCCGAGAUGGAGUUUAAGGUCGAAGGCGGGAUCAAGCAGGAGCCGUGUUUCCCCGACACCUGUUCCCAAAGCUACUCCAGCCCCCUGUACAAUAAUUACCUCCCACCGCCGCCCAUGGGCCUCUCCUCCAACCUCAAACCCUUCCCCGAACCCCAGCAGCCGUCCAACCAGUGCGAGUCCCUCUACACGUCCCCGGCGUUGCCGAGCACCAUAGACUCCAUCCUGUACUCUUCCUUGUUGCCAGAUUCCUUUGCGCAAAGUUACACCACCCGUGCGACGAAGCCGCCGAGGGCGAGGAAGAGCCCCGCCGCGUCCCACGGCCCGGCGAAGGAGAAGCCCUUCACGUGCCCCAUGGAGAGCUGCGACCGGCGCUUCUCGCGGUCGGACGAGCUCAACCGGCACAUCCGCAUCCACACGGGCCACAAGCCCUUCCAGUGCCGCAUCUGUUUGCGCAGCUUCAGCCGCAGCGACCACCUCACCACCCACACGAGGACUCACACCGGGGAGAAGCCGUUCUCCUGCGACGUGUGCGGUAAACGGUUUGCCCGCAGCGACGAGAGGAAACGGCACGGGCGCGUUCACCUGAAGCAGAAGGAGAAGAUGGAAAUAAAGCCACAGGUGACGGCCGGCGCGUGGCCGUUCACUCUUCCCGAGGGAAUAUGAAGACGCGGCCGCGCGCCCCCACGCAUCAGGAUCUUUUCCGUCUUGGAAGAUGAACCAGCUGACUACAAGUUGAUGUCUGAGUUGGUUUGACCCGCAAGCCAAUGCCUGACAUAUACGGUUUUUGCAAAUACUGCAGUUUUUGAGGAUCGGAGCUUUGGCCUUACUGCCAGCUGCUGACGCUGCUGACUUCAUGCAAAGAUGCAUACGUUGUAAAAGUCGGUAAACGGUGACUUGUUGCUGCCGCUAUAGUAGAGCCGUCCUCUCUGCUGCAGCAUCGCAUGACUGCUGUUCAGCACCUCUUCAUCUGGACAGCUCCAGCCUCCACCCGCCUCUGAGCCUGGACGGAUUGCACUUAUUAAUAUCUCCAUUUAAGAUUCUUAUUUUCUGCUUUUAGCAUUCCUAGAGCAAUGGUUUGGACUAUGUUUCUUAAAAUGCAUGUUUAUGUCAGUGUUCUUUUCCUUUACCUGGAAUAUCAACCACUGUCAUUGUACUCCUUCACAGUACAGUGAGGGCUAUUGGAUGAAUGUAGGCUAACAUACUUUUAUGGCUUCGACCAUCAAGGUGUCCAUCUUUGAUCAAAUUUAGUGUUUGUUUAACUUCUUAUCAUUUGGCUGUCGGUGUGUUUUGUCAUUGGUCUUUGUGUUGUGUUACAAUAGUUUGCAUUAAUACAAUUGUGAAAGAUAUAUCAUAAAUGGAAAUAAAUAUAUUUGUAUUACUGUAUUUCUUUGUAUUUUUAUAGAUAACUGAAUAUUUUACAUCUAUCACACUUGAGCGUCAUUUCUAAGGUGAAAUGUAUUCUGAGUCAUUUCUAAUGUCUUGGUUUUUGAGGGCUACUGUUUAGUAACACAAUAUUUUAAAUGUUACAAUUUAAUAUCAGAAACAUUUUCACAGGUCAUUCCGUUGUUGGUAUGAUAAGAGUUAUUUCAUUGAAGUGCUGAUCUAGAUUUGAAAAGGGACAUGAAUGUACACUAGUUGUGUUAUGGCUUUUCAACAGAAGUGGUUUUACAGUAUGUACAGAAGUAUAUUUAAUCACGCUAGAAAUGACUAGCAAAUCCUAUAAACAUUGCUUUUGAGUAAUCAGGUAGCACACAUUGCUGCGAGUUUCUGUGGACUUUACCUUGGUGAUGAAAGGGUGUUGACACCUUGUAUGUUUGGCUGGAGAUACUUUUCCUUGCUCACAAAAAGACAAUGUGGAGAGUUUGGUGAAAUUGUCACCGACAGGGUUCUGCAAAAAACGAAUUUAACUCGCCUUAAGUUAUAUUAACUGUCGAAGCAAAGAUUUUGUACAUAAACACUUUCUACAGUACUUUAAAUUAAUAUUGAUGUUGUUAUUUUUAUGAAAGAAAAUAUGAACAAAAUAAACAUUUUCUGGAAGCAUCAA